AUGCCCGAGCUGCCGCCGUACGUGCCAGAAUUCGACCUCGCGUUCUUUCAGAUGCUGGGCGCGGAGGCCGCCGUCGACAUUGCCCUCCAGCUUUUGACGGAUGACGGGGGGCUGCAAGCGCUGCUCGCAUCUGAUGAACCGAGCGCAGAGAGGGUUGCGCUGGAGGGCGCCGACAACGCGCUUGCAAACUCGCGUGCGAGCCUCCUGCUCCUAUGCGCGAGCUACGGCGUGACCGCUAUCGCGUAUGGCUUCCCCUCCGGGAAGCACGGCCUCGACUACUGCAUCGCCGAGGCCGACACCACCAGCGACAUGACAGCGUCGACCACCAUGGCACCUCCACCAUGGACAAGCCUUGCACCAUGCGAUGGAGCACGCGCUACAGUCGGCUCCUGA